AUGGGCCUCGAUCAUCUCGGCUCCAUCGUGGCGCGACAGCAAGAGACUUGUACAGGGCAGGACAACAGGAUGGGUGUCGCCGCAGAGCAGGUAAUUAUCUCAGACGCGGUGCCUCCGUCACUGAUCGCCGCUCUCGCGCAAAGUGACGCAUUUAAUGAUGAUGAGCGCCCCAUGAAGCGGCGCAAGCUCACCAAAUCGGGCCCCUACAGCCUUUCUCAGCAAAGAGGUGUCACUCCAAGUGGAUUACCUCUGGGAUAUAUUCCGUUAGCGCGACUGGCGCUGCGUCUGAUUUUCACGAAAACCAUCGAACCGAACAACGAGAUUUUCCUCAAAUCAACAACCGUCUCUCGCUCACUGCCUGUCCUCGUGGAAAUCAGAAAAUCUGGAACCGUCCAUAACGACUUGAAAGGGAGCACAGAACAGGGCCAACCCAGCCAUGAAACCUGGGAUCUCGAAUUAAGGGCGACCGAUACAGAAAGAAAAGAGCUUUUUACAUAUGACUUCAACGAUCCUCAACUGUCCAACUUCUUCAGCCUACUCGGACAGGUCACCAAGCUGACCUCGGCCGACCGAUACUCCAGCCGCCGGCCCCCGAGGGCAUGCUACCAGGCUUCCAUACGCCCUUCAUUAGAAGAAAAGUGCCUCCAGCUGGAUAUUGUGGCUCUUUGGGAAGAUUCUCUUCAGAAUCCGGACUUUGUUCAUAUGCAAGAUCCGGUCUUGGAGAUCUUCGCGAAGUAUGCAUUGCAGGAGGAUUACGACCGCCCGAAUUCACUGAGUGGUCAACGUGAGCAUCGUGAGAAGCUACUGGGCUAUCCUCGAGGGUGGUCACCUCGUCAGUUCUACGAGAGCGUCCAUGUUCCGCGGGACACCCAAAGCGCAUCUGCAGAAAUCAACUGCCCCGAACUUGCUUGCCAGCUGUUUCCUUUCCAGCGAAGGGCCGUUAGAUGGCUUUUACAGAGAGAGGGGAUGGAGCUUCAGCAAGAUGGAAAAGUGGCUUCUAUCGAGAGACGCCCUAGCGCUGGCCUGCCAGCAUCAUUCAAGGAAAUGAAAGAUGCUGAUGGGAACACCUGCUACUUCAGUCAUCUGUUUAUGACAAUUACCACCAAUAUAAAUUAUUGCUUCGAUGCUGCAGACUAUUUGAGGGGCGGAAUUCUUGCCGAAGAAAUGGGGUUGGGCAAAACCGUGGAGAUGAUUGCGUUAAUAAACUUGAAUCGACGCCCCACCGAUGAAAAGUUGAAACCCGACCCUGAUGGUCUGAGAGCAUCCGGAGCUACCUUGAUCAUUACACCUCCUGCGAUUCUGGAACAGUGGAAAGAGGAAAUUGAGCAGCAUGCUCCGGAUCUGCGUGUGCAUCAUUAUACAGGCAUCAGACGAGGACAUGAGAAGUCUGAUGAUUUAGUAAUCGAAGAGAUUGCGGACUUUGAUGUCGUUCUGACCACCUACAAUGUCAUCUCUCGGGAGAUCCACUAUGCUGGUGCUGCCCCGAAGCGAAGCCUUCGCCAUGAAAAGAGGUUCGAGCCGCGAAAAACGCCGCUGGUCCGCAUUUCUUGGUGGCGUGUUUGCCUGGAUGAAGCUCAAAUGAUUGAAAGUGGUGUCAGCAAUGCCGCCAAAGUCGCCCGCUUGAUUCCUCGACAGAAUGCUUGGGCCGUGACGGGCACACCUCUCCGCAAGAAUAUCGAUGACCUAUUCGGUCUUUUGCUCUUCCUUCAGUACAGACCGUUUUCUGACUCUAGCACUUUAUGGAAACGACUGUUUUCCCGCUUUGGGCCUGUUCUGGUGAACAUUAUCAAUGCGAUUGCACUCCGACACAGCAAGGAUCGUGUGCGUGAUGAGCUCCGCCUACCACCUCAGAAGCGCGUUGUGAUCACCACUCCUUUCACUGCGAUUGAAGAGCAGCACUACGGACAGCUUUUCGAGGAGAUGUGCGAGCAAUGUGGUCUUGAGGCAUCAGGGGCACCUCUCCGGGGUGACUGGAAUCCAGAAGAUCCGGGGACCGUGGAGAAAAUGCGCACUUGGUUAACAAGACUUCGCCAGACAUGUCUCCACCCAGAAGUUAGUGGGAGCAAUCGUCGAGCCUUGGGUGCAGCAAAUGGCCCUUUGCGCACCGUCGAUGAAGUUCUCGAGGUGAUGGUUGAAAAUACCGACACCUCCAUUCGCACUGAAGAACGGACGCUUGUUCUGUCUCAACUUCGCCGCGGUCAGCUUCUAGAAAAUGCCAAGCGUCGGAAGGAAUCUCUGGCUAUUUGGCAGUCUGCUUUGCAAUAUUCCAACGAGUUGGUGGAGGACAGUCGAAAACAACUACGGUUACAGCGCCUUAAAAGCAAAGAUGACGAUGCGACUAAUGGCUCAACCCCUACUGAAGUUGCUGAUCUGAGUGAUGAAGAUAGCGAAGAGGUGGACAAGAACAGCCGCAUUGGUCAAUGUCGCCUCAGGCUACGUGCUGCUCUCGAGGUUCAGCAUAUUGCAGUCUUCUUUACUGCAAAUGCCUACUAUCAGAUCAAGUCCGACCCCAGUCUCACCCAGCCGGACUCUGAAGAGUUCAAAGCGCUUGAGAAGAAGGAAGAGGAAGGCUACGAGGCUGCAAAGUUGAUUCGUAAGGAGAUGUUGACUGACAUUUCCCGAAAAGUCGAGCGGUACAUGAAGAUCAUCAAGGAGAAGACACAACAGAGGCAAUUCGUGCACAUUCCGAAGUUGAAACCCCAUCUUUACAACAGGGGACUGGUUUCAUACCGUCUGCUCAAUAAGUUCGAAGAUCUGUGCGAAGCUUUGAACCGUCAUGCCGCUCAGUAUAACGAAUGGCGGGAAAUUAUGGUCCAACUUGUGUCUCAGUCGCUCAUUGAUCAGGAAGAAGAUGCUGAACUGGAGGGCAAUGAAUACGAACGGUCGACAAAGCAUCAAGAUGAGAUGUAUGUCUACAUGGAAGCUCUUCGGUCGAUGUAUGCCGAUCGCCAUGAUGCUCUCACCGGUCAGAAGAACAUUCUGAUUUCCCACGAGGUCAAAUUAGGACUCAUUCAGGCCCAGAAGGGUGAAGGGCCUUCCCCGGAGCUAUUUCUUCGCGUCAUGAACACCCGCAGUGACCUCAUGCCCGACCCUGAGCUAGGGUCGCUUCGUGGGAUUGUCAGUGAACUUCGCAGUUUGGUGACUUCACUUGAAUGGCAAGCCGGCGAGGGGGAGUUCGCGAGCCCAUGCGGAACUCGAGGUGUGUCAUCCAGCCUAGAAAGAGAGGUGGAAAUGUUCCGCGACACCAUGAACAAUCGCUUGGAAUACUAUCGCCACCUGCAGCAAAUUUCGGACACAGUGGCACCGUACGACGAAGAGAACGCCGGAAAGCCCAUGGACGAGGAUAUUUUUGCCUCUAAAUUGGAGCAGGAACAGGCCCUCGAAAAGAAGAUUGCCUCUUUGAAAUCCAAGAGACGCUAUCUCAUCCAUCUGCGAGAUGAAUCGGGCUCAGAAGAUACCUCUAGGAUCUGCAUCAUCUGCCAAUCAAGUUUUGAAGUCGGUGUCUUGACCGUCUGUGGCCACAAGUAUUGCACAGACUGCUUGCGGCUGUGGUGGCGUGCCCAUCGAACGUGCCCCAUGUGCAAGAAGCCCUUGAAACUUAAUGAUUUCCAUCAAAUAACCUACAAGCCGCAGGAGCUCGUGGCGCAGGAGGAACAGGCUCCCACCAUAUUCGAACAAGAGCGACAUUCCAAGAAUGCCAUUUACAGUGAUAUCAGCUCAGGACUUCUGAAGGAAAUCAAAACCAUUGAUCUCAAUGGCUCAUUUGGCACCAAGAUUGACACCCUCGCUCGCCACAUCCUGUGGUUGCGGGAACAUGAUCCCGGAACCAAGUCGAUUGUCUUCUCGCAGUACAAGAAUUUCUUGGCCGUUCUACAGAGGGCUUUCCACCGAUUCGGAAUCAUCAGUAGCAAUGUUGAUGCUCCAGGUGGGAUUGAGAAGUUCAAGAAGGACCCUACGGUUGAAUGCUUCUUGUUGCACGGAAAGGCACAGUCAUCAGGACUGACUUUGAUCAACGCUACGCACGUCUUCUUAUGCGAGCCCCUGAUCAAUACGGCUAUCGAACUUCAGGCGAUCGCUCGAGUACAUCGAAUCGGCCAACAUCGCCCCACUACCGUCUGGAUGUACCUCGUCUCCGGCACGGUGGAGGAGUCCAUCUACGAGCUUUCAGUCGCUCGUCGGCUUGCUCAUAUCAUCGAAAAGGAGAAGCAGGAGAAGAAUUCCCGCUUGGCGAUUCCGGUUGAUGGCGACGAAGCACUAUUUGAGGAUCUCACGGAGACGGCCAUCGAUUCCGCCAACUCCAUGGAAAUGCAGGACGCAAGUUUAAAUAACCUGAUGACAAGCGGGGCAUCCGGUGGAGAGAUAGUCAAGGAGGAUGAUCUUUGGCAGUGUCUAUUCGGAAAUUCCAUCCAGAAAGACAGCCAUGGCCACUCCACCGAGGCAGAAAGAGAGGUUGGCCGGUUCCUGCGAGGCGAGGCUGCUGAGCAAAGACGAGAUGAACCUACGACUUGA